AUGGCGGAACGGUCUCAGUGUUAUUGUAUUUGUCGAAAACCUUAUGACAGCUCGCAGUUUAUGAUAGGAUGUGAUUCUUGUGGAGAGUGGUUCCAUGGAAGUUGUGUGGGAAUACAAGAGCACCAAGCKUCGGAUAUCGAACGGUACCAUUGUCCAAACUGCAGCGCUGUACAUGGCCCACUCACGCUUAAAAAGAGAAGAAAUUGGCACAGGCAUGAUUACAGCGAGAUUGACGAUGGUUCAAAGGCUGUACAGACUGGGACAGUACUGUUCAUCAAUAAUUUGAAAAAUAAAAAGUUCUUGAGUUCAAAAGAUGCCGUUGUCAGUGUUGCUGGCAAGGAUUUGACAAUGGAGUAUUUUGAGAGGAAUGGUUUUAAUAAACCUAUUCUAAUAAACAAGAAGGAUGACUUAGGGUUGGUUGUACCUCAUCCGGACUUUACUGUUUUGGAUGUUGAAAGAUAUAUUGGAUCAAUGAAAGAACUGGAUGUGAUAGAUGUCUGUAAACAGGAGGAUAUUAAAAUGGUAAUGCGAGAAUGGACAGAAUAUUACAUGAAUCUUGCAAGAAAGAAAACUUUGAAUGUCAUUAGCUUGGAGUUUUCUAAAACUGGUUUGUCACCAUUAGUCCARGUUCCUACAAUAGUAAGAGAAAUGGACUGGUURAACCAUGUCUGGCCCACUGAUCUCCCWGAGGACAGUCCUCACAAACGACCUUUUGUACAGAAGUAUUGUCUAAUGAGUGUCAAGAAUUGCUAYACUGAUUUUCAUGUUGACUUUGGUGGUACUUCAGUGUGGUAUCAUAUUCUCAGGGGGGAGAAGGUGUUCUACUUUGUUGAGCCCACUCCAGCCAAUCUAGAGCAAUACCAUAAAUGGGUGAUAUCUCCCUGUCAAAGUGAGAUGUUCUUUGGUAAUAUGGUGAACAAGUGUUACAAAGUACACAUCAAACAAGGACAAACUCUCUUCAUACCAACAGUUCUGAGUUGGUUUGUGGCUGUACAGACUGGGACAGUACUGUUCAUCAAUAAUCUGAAAAAUAAAAAAUUCUUGAGUUCAAAAGAUGCCGUUGUCAGUGUUGCUGGCAAGGAUUUGACAAUGGAGUAUUUCGAGAGGAAUGGUUUUAAUAAACCUAUUCUAAUAAACAAGAAGGAUGACCUAGGGAUCUAUGAUUUGGAGUUAAAGUUAAAGACACCAACCAAAUUUCAACAUCCCUUUUAUGAGACUGUGAAUUGGUACGCAGCCAUUUACUUGCUGGACAAGUUAAAAGGAAUUCAUGAAAAUGGUUUGCGGGCRCCAACUUAUCUUGUCAAAGGCUUGAGAUCAAUGGCUGAUAAGCUCAAAGAAUGGAGCACAAAAGGAGAGGACUUUGUAAAACUUCACAAGUUUUUUAUUCCUGAUGUUGUUCAGCCAGGAAAACUCAUCAGGUCACUAAACAAGGAGCUGAAAAAGGCAGAGAAAUCCAGAACAUCAAGACCCUCGACACCAAAGAUCGAUGAAGUCUCAAAGACCCCAUCCAAACCCACGCCUUCCGUCACCAUAGACGCCGAGAAUAAAAUAAAAAUAAAAAAUCUUGGUUUUGAUGGUACAAAUCGAAAAACGUCCAAAAAAGAUCAGAAUUCUAAUGAAGAGAGACAAUAUUCUUGUCAAGUUGAUGAUUCAAAGGCCAUUAUACGCAUAGCCAAUCCUGGUGGAAUUCAAGGGGAUUCCCUGGAAAAYCGUGGGGAUUCCCUAUCUAAAAGUAUGCCCUCUAUCAAGUUAAAAUUGCCAAAAAGACAAGAGAGCAUUGAUAAAGCUAAUGUGAACGUCAGUGCWUCAGCAGACUCGAGACUCAAACUGGUUUUAUCGAAUGGGAAGAUAGUUAGCAAUCCUGAAGAGGAUAGCCAGUUUAGUUCUAUUGAUGAAAGUCUGUACUCUUGUACGCCAACUCAUAAAGAACCUUUAAAACUAAAAUUAUCAAUGAAUACCACAGGAUUCCCAACAUCUCAGGAUGAUAUUCUACCCAAUGACAGCGACCUUGACCUGUCUGAUGAUGACUURGCAUUUAGUAUGGGUGGUACGCCACAAUUUAUCAACACAAGUGGAUUGGCGCARACAACUCGUGGAUUACAAAGUACUGAUAAAGAUCCACGAUUACCCCAACCAGUUGCACAGCUUGAAAGCACUAGUG